AUGCUCGGCGAGCAGCUCGCAGCGGCGCUGCGGCGGCGCGAGGCGCUCGGGACGCGGCGGCACCUGCUCCUCGGCGACGCGGACACUGCGGCGCGGUUCGAAAAGUGUGCCGACUUUUCGUCGAACGACUACCUCUCGAUCGCGCGAUCGAGCGAGGGGCGCGCGGGGCUCGUGGAGCGCAUCACGGCGCAGCGCCUCGCGAUGGGCAGCACUGGAAGCCGCCUGCUGGACGGCGACUCGGCGCAGCAUACGCAGCUGGAAGCACGGAUUGCGCGGCACUUUCAUGGGGAGUCGGCGCUCUUGUUCAAUAGCGGGUACGACGCGAACGUGUCGCUCCUCACGACGCUGCCCCAGCCGGGCGACGUCGUGGUGUACGACGCGCUGGUGCACGCAAGCAUGCACGACGGUAUGCGGGCGUCGCGCGCAAAGGCGUGCCAGUCCUUUGGCCACAACGACCCGCGCGAUCUCGACCGCGUCCUGGGGAGCAUGGCACGGGAAGGCAAUGUCUUUCUCGCGCUCGAGAGCGUGUACAGCAUGGACGGCACCGUGUGCUGCCUCGACGAGCUCAUCGCUGUCCUACAAAAGCAUGUCCCUUACGAGCGUCAGUGCGUCUUGGUAGACGAGGCGCAUGCGGUCGGCGUGUAUGGGGCAAAAGGGAGCGGCCUGGUCGCGGCGCUCGGACGGUACGACGACGUCGCCGUGCGCCUCGUCACCUUUGGCAAGGCGCUGGGGUGUGCGGGCGCGGCCGUGCUGUGCCCGCCGCUCUGGCGCGAAUAUCUCCUGAACUAUGCACGCCCGCUGAUUUAUUCGACGUCGCUUGCGCCGCCGAGCGUCGCUGCGAUCGACGCGGUGCUCGAUAUCCUGGACAAGGACAGCGUGCGCCAGGACGUGGUGCAUGCACGGACACGGCGCAUGUACAGCGCACUGGGACGCCAUGCGCCGCCGCACGAACGAGUGCCAGCCUCGCCCAUCGUGCCGUACCGCACGCCGCACGCCAAGGCCAUGGCAGCCUUCCUCCAAGAGCAAGGGUUCCUCGUGCGCGGCGUCUGCUACCCCACCGUCCCACGCGGCGAAGAGCGCGUGCGGAUAUGUAUUCAUACGCACAACACGGAUGCGGAAAUCGAUGCGCUCGCUGCAGCCAUCGCGCAGUGGAAUGCAAAAAGGGCAGUUCUAUAG